UCAAGAAUAUAUAUACUUUAUAUGGUCGCUUCCUUCUCCCUGUUAUAUACUUUUCAACGAAUCUAGUAUACCCUUUUACUCUACGAGUAACGGGUAUAAAAAUAAUACCUGAAUUGAUUGUUUUCAUAAUUGAAUUGAUUGUUUUUUACAUAAGUUUUCUGAACAAGCGAAUUGAAAAAUAUUGAUAAUUGAUAAAAUCAUGAGCCAUAGAUAGAAAUUCAAUAUAAAUAGAAAUUAAAACUCGUUACUUAAGGCCAAUAUUUCACAGUGUGGUCAUCAAAUAGUGUAUAUUUAUAUAUAAUAAUAUUGCAUUAGAAUUGUCCCUGAUUAUAUUUUCCUGCUAAAUAUUAUUAAUCAUUGGGGCGUUAAUCACUAUGGUUUCUUCAGCAAUUUUAAUUCACAUUUUAUUAACAUGAUGUCUAAGGGCCACUAAAACACUUAAUUACUUUUCAUUUGCGAUAUUGCAUAAAAUUAAUUUGUCAAUUCAGUUUCGUUUUAGUGCUCACAAGCCGACCAAAACUAUAACACCAACACUAUUAAAUAAUGCUUUACUAAUUGUCUUACCAACUUCCCAAUAGCUGAGUAACGGGUAUUUGAUAGGAACCUUGACUAUAGCGUUACCUCUUGAUUUUGUAUGCGACAGCAUGGGAAAUAAUUUUAGUAGAGAAAUAUUAAAGAUUACACUUUAAACUAGUGCGAAAUCGUAUUUAAGCAAUAAUAACAAAAUUAAUCUGUCUGAGCAGUACUUUCUACUAAAAUAUAAUAGUAUAUGCUUUAAUUCCUUAUACCAAACUAUGUGAAACUGAUAAGGAUUUUGUAUUUACCAUUCGCACUAGGCGGUUUUUACAAUUUCACUUGACAUUAAUGUCAAAGUCAAGUUCAGUCGGUUGUGAAAAUACUAUGAAGGGCAGUAGUCGAAAGGAGCUCGACCUGGAAAGUUCUCCCAGCGGUCACAAAUUACACAAAAAGUCUUAAAACGCGAUUUAUUAAAUAAGCAGUUUUUCAUAUAGUAAACUCUUUGGAAAUCAAAAAUUAAUAUUGGCAAGAACGGUCAGGAUUAACCUUGAUGAUGUGGUGAUGUUCUUAGGGCAAUAAGGGUUACGUAGUUUUUUAGAGUGUAUUCGGAAUGCUUUUUAGUGUAACCGUUUACCUUAUGACUAUAAGGCUAUCAAGUUGUGAGUCACGUGAUAUCAACAACAUAUGUAUAUGAUGUAUCUUGUUUCACUUAUUCCUUAAUUAAUUAAUUAAAUGGCGGGCAAUGUUAAGAGAAUUGGUGGUGAAGCUUUUUAUUGGAAAUAGUAUUACUCCUCGGGUAAGUUGUGGCAAGCUCUGCCAAUGUUGAACUGACAUUCAAAAAUCAAAACAAUCUGCAAUAGAAACUUUCGUCUGCGAGUUUCAUUUCUUUUUGAAAUUUUUGAAAAUCCAAUUGGCGGGUAUCGAGUGACGACCUUGUCUGACCGAUAACGGCGUUGUGAAUUGCCUAUCGACUGGUGCCAUCACUAGUGCCAGAAUGUGGCAAUUUAAAAACAAAAAGGCAACUGAAAUGAGAACGUCUUACAAUGAAAUGCCCGACAAGGACGAGAGAUUCCGCAAAAAGUCAUUGUCGCGGCUUUCUCUGCACACGAUAUCCUUGCACAACACUGGUCAGCGGCUGGACGACGGAGUAGCCGAUUGGCUUUCCCUUAAUCUUAAGGAAGACAUUACAAACCUGCUUAACGAGGCGGGAAAAUACAUGCGACGCAUCCGGGAGCUCCGAUUGAACCUGUCCCACCUUCAGCAUGCUGUCCGAAUGGACGGCAACCUGCGUCACGACAUUUUUUUCAGGCUGGUCCAUUGUGACUAUUGCACAAGGCCUCUGGCCAAAAAUGUACCCAGAAUCAUCAGCGAAGCUGUAACCAACGAAAAUAAGGAUAUACCUUUCGUUACCGGGCCGGAAUCCAUACCGCAGAUUUCUUUGGAGCCGUCUCCCGUCCACUACGGCUGGUUAAAGGUGGAGCGGGUGCUGCUAAAUUCCUGUAAGCGCUAUCCGCUGACCAAGGAACAGCAGUCCUUCUUCGAGUUGGUUACCGAGGCCUGCGUGGGCACAUCUGAGUCCCGGCGCCAGCGGGCCCUCCAAACCCUCUCCACUGAUCCCUCGCUAGAGGUGUUGCUGCCCAGGCUGACCAAGUUCAUCGCGGACGCAGUGGCUAUCAACGUGACCCAGCAGAACAUGUCGCUGCUCCUUUACCUUAUGCGCAUGAUUAGAGCCCUUUUAGGAAACCAUCGCUUUAGCUUGUUGCAAUACCUCCACCUGCUCCUGCCGGCCGUUCUAUCCUGCUUGCUGGCGAAACAAGUGUGCGCAUCUCCUGACUUGGAUGAUCACUGGGCCUUAAGGGAGUACUCCGGAAAUAUAAUGGCCCAUAUAGGGCGCCAGUUCGACGCUGCCGACAUUAGCAUCCUGCCCAGAGUCAUUGGGGUUUACAAAAAGGCGCUAUUGAUGAAGCCACUGACGACGGUGUUCGGAGCAGUCAUUGGCCUGGGAAAGUUGGGGAAUCACGCAGUACGCGCCUGCAUUGUCCCUCAAUUAAAGUAUCUAUCUGAACACAUCGAGCCUCACAUGACCGCCAGCCUAGACAGACAGGCAGCAAAGUACAUUCGCCAUCGGGUGGUAAAGAUGUGCACUCCCGUGCUAAUAAGUUUACAUCAACCACCUGAUCUGCCAGAACAGUACAUGGACAAAUAUGGAUCUUUAGGGCCGCCGUUGAGCGAUUCCGUCAUCGUGACGCGUAUGAAGAUACAAGCAGUGGCUGCAGCCAAGGCGGAAGCAGAAGUGGCGUUAAAAACAAUGGCUGCAGAACACCAGUACUCCAGAAUGGCAGGAGUUCGAUAUGUCGGCUCCAUCGGUCUUAUCUCUGGCAACCAGCUGCCCAGCAAUGGUGUGCGUCCCACAAGCCAAGCAUCCCAAUCUGGCUAUUCAAUUGAUCCUAUAAAUGUGAAGACCCAAACGCAAAUUCCGUGCAAUCCAAUGCAUCAGUACCAAAAGCAGGCCACUAUUUUGAAGCCUUCGGACUGCAUGGUUCCUCAAUCGAUGCAAUUCAGAAACGUUUUAUUUCCGCCCACUUCCCAGCGCUCCAUUUCGCCAUCAAGGAACGGAAUGCUUUUAAAACCUAACAACGUUUGUGUUGUCCACCCUUCAUUAAUGGAUUUGGUCCAUCCCAUAACGGCAGAAUGCCCAUUAAUUACUUACUUUAAUAGCCGAUCUCUGUAAAAAUAUUCAUAACUU